AUGUUCGCUGAAGAAAGCCGGUUAGAGACCCUGACGUCAUCUGGCCAUCAGGCAAAGCAUAUCAAAACUUCCUCCUUCAAUAACUACUUUGAAAUCUUUCAGUUCUUCAAUUCUUCAGAAUUCCAAACUAUUGUCCAAUUCAUCAUUACUGGUACAUAUAUCUUUGAUCACUCCCCCUGUCAUCAAACCAUCGACAUCAAGAUGCCCCAGACUCGCAGUCAAGCCGCGCAGCCAGCCCAACCACCCAAGGAAGCUACCUACGCACAAGCUUCCAAUCCAGUAUCACAAACACCAUCCGAGCAGCGAGCACCAGUCCCUUCACGUCAAUACGGCGACCCAACUGCAUCAAUCACCCGCGGCCCCAGCUCCCAGCCAUCCAACGACGAAGCCCGUGCCCACCUAGACGCCCAACACCAACAAGAACGCAAGCAAAUGCAAAGAUCCUCCGACGUCGACCUAGAAUACGGAGUAGAGCAGCAACCUGCUGAGGGAUAUAUAGCCGACUCAGUCGUGCGCAAGGGCAUGGGGAUGCAACGGGCACAAGCUGGUGCUCACGCCGGGCCUGUUGGCAGUGCUGCCGGGCCUGGACAUCCGGGGUUUGGCGAUGAGACAGAUUUCGCGGCGAAUAUGGAUCAGAAGAGGACUGAUCAUGAUCGGAUUCUGGGUGAUAAAAUUGGACGUAGUCCUGCGGGUCCGGAUUAUGAUGUUGCGGAGAGGGAGGCUGUGAGGGAAGGAAAGAUGAAGAGGAAUGAGGAAGUUGAGGAAGCGCUUAAGGAAUCAUCGGGUACGCCUGUUGUUGGUUGA